AUGGCACCCCCAGGCAGGCGGAAGUUCACCACUUUAAUCCUUCUCCCACUCCUCGCCCUCCUCUUUCUUGCUAGCAGUGCUCAUGCUGGCUCCGCGGUGUUAGGAAUCGACCUUGGGACCGAGUACUUCAAGGCCGCCAUCGCAAAACCAGGUAGCCCUAUCGACAUUGUCCUCUCGAAAGAUUCCAAACGGAGAGAAGCAGCUACAAUUGCCUUCAAACCCUCAAGGGCGCAGACUAGCGACGAUGAAGCGUUUCCUGAGAGGCUGUACGGUGGAGAUGCCGUGGCCCUGGCGGCUCGGUUUCCCACGGAUGUUUACCCGAACCUGAAGACACUACUUGGCCUUGAUGCAUCAUCCGAACUAGUGGAACAAUAUACCGCACGAUACCCUGGACUCGAUAUUGAAACGAUUCCACGAUCCGAUGGCGGAGAAGGUACAGUCGGGUUCAAGAGCAGCAGUUUUGGCAAAAGGAAAGAAGUGUUCAUGAUCGAAGAACUCCUAGCAAUGGAACUUAAAAACAUCAAAGCUAAUGCCGAAUCCCAAGUGGUCAAGGGCACCUAUGUGACGGAGGUAGUCAUAACAUACCCUUCGUUCUUUACUGCGGACGAGAAGAGAGCGAUUGAAUUGGCUGCGGACUUGGCUGGUUUACGUGUGCUCGGGCUUAUAAGCGACGGUCUCGCGGUCGGACUCAACUACGCAACGUCUCGUACUUUUGAUAGUGUUUCAGAAGGAGGAAAACCCGAGUAUCAUCUUGUGUACGAUGUCGGUGCUGGAUGUGCCACUGCAACUGUGCUCAAAUUUCAAGGUCGAACAGUCAAAGGGUCUGGCAAGCGCAACCAGACAAUUCAAGAAGUCAUUGUUCUCGGCACCGGCUUUGACAGAACACUUGGUGGCGACUCUUUGAAUGAUCUCAUUGUUGACGAUAUGAUUGCUCAGUUUCUUUCAUUACCAAAGGUUCAGAAAUUCGAAGUGUCAGAGGCCAAGAUCAAAUCUCACGGAAAGACUAUGGCAAAGCUCUGGAAGGACGCGGAACGUUUGCGCCAACUACUCAGUGCAAACGCUGUUUCAUCUGCAAGCUUUGAGGGAUUGUAUGACGAGGAUCUAAACUUCAAAUACAGCUUAACAAGGGAAAGAUUUGAAAAGCUAGCAGCUGAUCACGCCACCCGCUUUGGACCACCUCUAUCUGCCGCCUUGAGUUCCGCAGGGCUACAACUUGACGACCUCGAGUCAAUCAUCCUCCACGGAGGCUUAGUGAGAACCCCAUUUGUCCAGAAGGAGCUCGAAAGAAUCGCAGGCGACUCUAGCAAAAUCAAGUCCAACGUCAACGCGGAUGAAGCAGCAGCGAUGGGUGCAGGCUUCAAGGCAGCAUCCUUGAGCCCAAGCUUCCGGGUCAAGGAUAUUCGUAGCACCGAUAUCUCAGGCUCCGUCGUUAGCAUCAAAUGGAGUACAGAGAAUAAGGAAAAGGCGCAAAAACUCUUCACACCUUCCUCUCACAUAGGACACGAAAAGCAGGUACCUGUCAAGGCUUUGGAAGACAUCACAUUAUCUUUCACACAGACUGUACAUGAGAAACAUAUCGACAUCUUGGGAGUUCAAGCUACAAAUUUGACAAAAUCAGCAGCAGUAUUGCAGGACAAGCAUGGAUGUACCCCGGCAAAUAUCAGCACUAGCUUCAACGUUCGAUUGAGUGCGCUGGAUGGUCUUCCUGAAGUCGUCUCUGGUUCUGUUAGCUGUGAAACGGACGGAAGCAAGGCGGCUGGUGUGAUCGAUAAUGUGAAAGGUCUCUUCGGAUUUGGCUCCAAAAAGGAAGACGAUCAAGAUGUCCUCGCGGAUCAGGAGCUAGGGGACGCCGAUUCGUCUUCAUUGACUCCUCUACCAGUAUCUGACCCUACAAGUGCAGGGUCAACCAUUUCGUCGGUCUCGGCUACAUCAUCCGACUCGACCGUAUCUUCGUCCACCACCUCUUCUUCCUCAAGCAAACCUGCCAAGGCCGCGAAAGCCACUCCAACGAUUGUUUCGGUCCCGCUUGCCCUCAAGCCCAUCCCAAUUGGCUUAAAUGCUCCGCCCAUAGCGCUACUUCCAAAACUACGACAAAGACUUACCCAAUUCGAUACUUCUGACCAGAACGCAGUAUCACGCGCUGAAGCACUGAAUACUCUUGAAGCUUUCACAUACCGAGCUCGUGAUUACUUGGAGGACGAUUCGUUUAUCUCUGCGUCUACUGACAAAGACCGAGACGAACUAGAAAAGCAGUUGUCUGCUACCUCAGAGUGGCUCUAUGGUGAUGGGACAGAUGCCAAUCUACAAGCCUUCAAAGACAAAUUGAAAGGUUUAAAGAACUUGGUUGAUCCUGUCCUGAAGCGGAAGCAAGAAGCAAGCAAGCGACCGGAGGCGAUCAAAGCGUUGCAGGACGGGUUGCAAAACUUGGCCGGUAUGAUCAAGAUGGUGGAAGGAAGCAUAGAGAAAGCAGCUGAUGACGCAGCAUCAAGUGCCAGCGAAGCUGCUGCAUCUGCAGCCUCGAGCACAAUCCACAGCACAACUAGUUCGUCGGCCAGGGAUGAUCUUGACGAAGACCCGUACAGCACGAAGUCAACUGCGGAGUCAGACGAGACCGAGUUGCCCGCAAUCAAACCUUACGAGUACACAGCAGAAGACCUAUCUCUCCUGACCAGCAAGUAUGAUGCCGCCAAAGCGUGGCUCGACAAAAAACUGGCUUCUCAGGAGAAGCUUUCAUCAUUUGACGACCCUGCAUUCCUCGUAUCUGAGCUGGAGACAAAAGGCCAAGAGCUACAAAGAGCGGUGUCAGAUACCCUUAUGAAAACGAUCAAAAUGCAAGAUCCACGAAAACCAAAACCGAGCAAGAGAGGAAAGUCAAAGACGACGAGAAAGACAACGUCGUCUGGUACUAGUACCUCAACAAGUGUUCGAGAUGAGCUAUAG